UAAUAUAAUGGCUCCAAUGAGUUUACCGCCUGGAUUUCGGUUCCAUCCAACAGAUGAAGAACUUGUUUCUUACUACCUCGAAAGAAAACUAACAGGCCGCUCCAUAGAGCUUGAGAUAAUCCCUGAAGUUGAUCUCUACAAACAUGAACCUUGGGAUUUGCCAGAAAAGUCAUUGUUGCCAAGUAAAGAUAUGGAGUGGUACUUCUACAGUCCAAGGGAUAGAAAGUAUCCAAAUGGGUCAAGAACUAAUAGGGCAACAAGGGCUGGUUAUUGGAAAGCUACAGGGAAAGACAGGCCAGUGAAGACUUCUGAAAAGCGACGUGUUGGGGUGAAGAAGACGUUGGUGUACUACAGGGGUAGAGCUCCUCGUGGCAUAAGAACCAACUGGGUUAUGCAUGAGUAUCGCCUCAUUGAUUCUGAACCUGCAAGUGUUUUCUCUUCUUUAAAGGAAUCUUAUUCAUUGUGUCGCGUGUUCAAGAAGACGACGAUCCAAACCUCGGAAGCACCUAAAGAAGAAGGAAAAAGUAAUAAGGAAGCGAAGAAGGAAUCAGUACCAGAAGAGGAAGAUGAUGAGAAAGUUGUAAAUCAUGAUCAUGACAAUGAACCCCCUAAUUGUGAUGCUUCUUCUUCGGAUCUCACUCAAGGAACACCCACUGAAACUGGUAUGGAAGAUGAUUUUCAAGCACAGUUCGCUUGUGAUGGAGCAAACACCGCAGCUAAUACUUAUUCUAUGGGCAAAAAGGUGGACCCAUCAAAUCUGUUUCAGGAUAUAGAGGUACCUAAAUAUGGAAGCAUGAACGAAGAAUUUGCCGCACACACAGUACCUUUGGAGCAUUUGGAGAUGGAAGAUUUGCCUCAAACAGAUUUGGCAGAGACACAGCCAUUGCUAAUGAAGCCUGAAAUGAUGAGUAGCCAUUGCAUUAUAUAUGAUAAAUACAAUAAGGACUGUUCCUAUGGAACUUUGGAAGAGGUUAUUUCACGGCGUUUCUCUCAUGAUAUACAAUUUUAGUCCCUCUUUUAUCGACAGUAAUAUAUCCA